AUGGGGAAAAUUGUGUCAAUGGAGUAUUUUCGCGUUCCUCCGCGGUGGCUUUUUGUCAAAAUCACUGACGAAACAGGCGCCUGUGGAUGGGGGGAAGCUUCCCUUGAAGGCCACACUAAUGCAGUAGAAGGCUGUCUGGAUGCAUGGUUUGAGAGAUACAAGGGAUUAGACGCAGAGUAUCUCUCCUGGCGCGGCAGCUUCUACCGUGGUGGACCUGUGUUCAUGAGUGCGCUGUCCGGAAUUGAUAUUGCUCUAUGGGAUAUGAAAUCCAGAAAACUUGGUGUGCCCAUAUAUCACCUGCUGGGUGGCAAGGUUAGGGACAAAAUUCGAGUUUAUGCUUGGAUUGGGGGUGACAGGCCCAACGAAGUUCAGGUUCAAGCUCAAGCCCGCAAACAACAGGGGUUCCAUGCUGUCAAGAUGAAUGGCACGGGAGACACAGCAUGGUUAGACUCACCAUCGGUUCUUCAAGAGGUCGUGGAGAGGGUCAAGGCUGUAAAGGCAAUGGGUAUUGAUGUUGCUGUUGACUUCCACGGCCGGGUACAUAGGCCCAUGUCCAAACGCCUUGCGAGGGCACUAGAACCCCACGAACCUCUGUUCAUCGAAGAGCCCCUCCUCGGGGAGCAUAUCGGCGCCAUCAAACAGGUAUCAGAGUUGACCACUAUCCCAAUUGCUCUUGGCGAGCGACUUCACAGUCGGUGGGAUGUAAGACCGUUCCUGGAAAGCAAUUGUGUAGAUGUACUCCAGCCGGAUAUAUGCCACAUUGGUGGCAUCUCCGAGAUGAGACGCAUCGCCGCCAUGUGCGAGACUUAUGAUGUAGGUGUCGCUCCUCAUUGUCCGCUAGGUCCUAUUGCACUCGCGGCUUGUGUUCAUGCGAACGCGACAAUGGCGAAUUUUGCCAUCCAGGAGAUGGGCAUAGGCAUGCACUACAACAACACUGGACAAGAUAUCACGAAUUAUAUCACGAAUCCUGAAGUUUGGACUGUGCGGGAUGGCCAUAUUGAUGUCUUAUCUGGUCCGGGCUUGGGGAUUGAAAUCAACGAAGCAGAGGUCAGGCAGCUGUCUCAAGAUACAAAAGCUUGGCCAAUUCCUGAGUUCCGCGGUCCUUGUGGGGAGUUUCGAGAGUGGUAA